GGGGGGGGAGGCGAAGAGUCUAGUUCAGCGACUAUAUUCCUUAGCAACUUCACUCCCGCCAAACAUGUCAAAUGCCCUCAUAUGUGAAAGAUGCUCGAUUAGCCACUUAUAUUUGAGCUGAUGGAUACUGUGAUAUCACGUAGCAACUCAUUCUUAUCCCCGAUAUCGAUGGAUGCUCGAAUUAUGUCUUUAUGUUCCCACUAUCACACAUCAAGAUCGUGAACCUUAUGUCUUCCGUCCUACCUCUAACACGCUCAGACAGCUACGCCUCCUUCGUUACAGCAAUCAUGGACGAUCUGAAGCCUGGUAUAUAUGGGAUUCAACUCGCAGAUCCUAACCUGGAAAAAGGCAAUACCCAUGUCGAUCUCUCAGGACAGGACUUGAGAACUAUCAUUGGAUUCUCUGGUCACGAUGGCGAUAAUCAACGGUGGGAAUUUGCGACGUUGGGUGCGGGGUACUCCAUUCGGAGUGUCUAUAACGGAACAUACUUGUCCAUCGAUUUCAAAGCUCUGAAUGAGCGUCGACCACACAUUGUGGCUUCGUCGUUUCCCGUCAGCUGGGACGUAAAGCUAUAUGAUGCAGACAAUGGACUAUACAGGUUUGGAUCCAUUCCUCUGUCGUACAACAAAUCUUGAUUCCUGCGAUCGAUAGAAUCAGAUGGCCUAAUAGCGAAUUUGUGUUUAGCAUGGACAUCAACGCCGGCGGUCUCCCUCCCGUACGUCACCUUAACGAGCAGCCAAGCUUUGCACUCAGCAUUUCAGCAGGUCUUCCUUUCAAAACAGCGUUAAAACGCUGAUUCCUCGCAGCUGUGGUACCUCCGUGAACGUGAAGGAGUUCCAUUAUCAUCACCGGCUCAACCGACAGCGAAUACGGUGGUGGACUUUGGUGAAGGCACUGAAGGAAAUAUUGUCAUUAUGACAACCACCACAACGAUGACGAAGGUCAGGAGAGUUGUCGGUUGAUUUACUUCUCUACAAUAUUAGUAAUAGGGAACAUUUAUCUCAACUUUCGGGUAAAUUUCACACCGUU